AUGUUUCCGACAAUGAAACUAAGCAUUGGUGGCUGUGAUUCGGAUGCGUUCUACUAUGUUUUUCUGGAUGUGAUACCGGUGGAUAAUCGACGUUAUCGGUAUAUUUACAAUAAGUCUUCCUGGCUUACAGCUGGCAAAGCCGAGCCUGCUCCUCGCAAUCGCCUGUACAUGCAUCCUGAUUCUCCAUUUACCGGUGAACAGUUAAUUUUAAACUCGAUGCAUAAAUAUCAGCCACGGGUGCACGUUGUACGAAGGCCACGAGAAAGGCCGAUUGAACAAGUGAUGACCAUCGAUUUACGCAGUGAGCACUACAAAACGUUUCAGUUCAAAGAGACACAGUUCAUGGCUGUUACAGCUUAUCAAAAUCAACUGAUAACAAAGCUGAAAAUUGAGAAAAACCCAUUCGCAAAGGGCUUUCGAGAUCCCAGUGGGCGCUCAUCUGAUUAUGAGCUCGAUAUUACUCAUUCCAACUUCGUUGUCUCAUUUUCAUUCAUCCCUAGGGAUGCACAUAGCGAUGGAGCGCCAAUACUGCUGCCCCAUCUGUACAGUCCAGCAAUUAUACAGCAAGCGCUGAUGCGACAGUAUUGGGCUGGCAAGAUGCACACGCGAUUCACUUUGCCGCAACAGUUUCUCUCGCAAAUGUUCUUCCCAAAUAUCCCGGCAAUGGCCGGUGGAUCGUCAGCUGAUCCUUCACCCUCAUCCUCAUCCACAACGAUUUCUUCUCCAGCACGUUUAUCGUUUGAUACGGCGAACACCGCUCAUUCCAGCCCGUCGCUUACCACAGUAACAGCAGCAGUAACUGCUACUACUGCUUUUCUAAUUGAGGAUGAAAAAAGCAGUUGUUAG